AUGAUCAGGAUGUCAGACAGGGAAGAGCAACGACCACUGUUUACGAUCGCUGUACUUGUGUCGGGAGUGGUCGGCGGUUUGGCCGUCGUCAUUGCCGUGGUCUAUCUGUAUCGCUUCUGCCUGAAGAAACGACCGCCGGUUACCACAACUGGCCUACCGGAAGCGAAACGCGAACAGAUACGUAGCAAUGCUUCAAGCCAAAGCCGACCUCUCCCUCUGCCAUUAGCGACGGCCGAUUCGAGCACUCCGUUCAUCAGCCAUAGCCCGUCCAAGGAGUACACGUGA